AUGGCAUUUAACAAAGAAAACAAUAAAAGCUUCAUAGUCAAAUCGAAAAUCCCAUUACCUGUGGAUCCAUUGCCUGGAAUUUCUAAAAAAAUACUAAAGAAGCAAAAUUCGGAAAAUGAAAGGCGUCCAUUAAAGACUCUACUGGCACAAGCAUCAAAUGUACCAAGUCAGGAUUUCAGGAGAGAUGUUAAGAAUGUUGUGCAAAAGAAAUAUAAAUUGAGGAAAUCAAGAAGUUUAACGCCGAAUUCACGACAUGUCACAGUACGCUCUAAUCAAGAUAAUUUAGAUUGGGAUUAUAAAGUUUUUAAAGAUGAAGGAAAUAGUAGUGUAAUUUAUAUAAGCGAUGAUGAAGUCGAGGAGAUUGCAAGAGAAGAUGAAGCGAAAUAUAAGAGACGUUUAAAGUUCAAUGAAUCUUCAAGCGAUAUUGUGAAAUCACCUGAUCUUUCAACAAGCUCAUAUACAGAUUCUUUACCACGAGAAUAUGAGUCUGAGAUAUUUACUUACCUGAUUAUCAAAGAACAUAAGUGGCCUAAACACUUGACAACUCCAAAUGCUACUAGAGCGUGUAUAUUGAACUGGUUGUUAAAAGUCAACGGUGCUGGUGGUAAUCCGGCGACAAUCCAAACUGCAACUUGGUAUUUGGAUUCUGUAUUAGCAGUUGGUCCAGUGCCUAUAGAAAAAUUACAACUAUUUGCAACUGCAUGUUUUUGGAUAGCCCAAAAAAUACAUGGACCAGUAACAACGGCACAUAAAUUGGUGAAAUGUUCGAAUCAUGCAUUUACUACGCAAUAUCUACUGAAAGCUGAAGCACUAAUUCUUAAAAAUUUGAAGAUGCCUCCACAACCAGUGCUACCGCAAGAAUUUGUAACGUAUCUGUCACUAUGGUGCAAUGAUAAUGAUCCCGACAUCGAACUGGCAGCAACAUUCAUCUGUAUGUGUGGAAUGAUACUGGAUAUGGGGUUGUUAGAUGAAUACCCCUCCGUGAUAGGCGCUGCUGCAGUACGAAACGCCCUGAUUUUGCUGAGAAAACACGAUUUGCUGGAAAAACUUGAAAUGUGUCCAGUGUUUGAAGAUAUUGAAAAGAAGUCAAAUUUGUAUAACGUCUGCGCAAUUCAAAGGAAAGCUGUCCUCAUGCUGUCAUCACCUUUGUUUGAAUAUAAAGCACCUCUAGAACUUUAUAAUAGUAGUCCACAAAACGUACCAGUUAAAAUACUUUUGGAAGCAAAAUAUUUAUCCAUGGUUGAUAAAAGGAGCAAAAUAGACUACGUUCCGAAAAGAUCACCAGGAUGA